UCCAGGACAGCAGGAGCAGGGUGACCCUGAGUGCUGAGACCCUGCCGCGAUGCUGAGCAAGUUUCUGGGCCCACGCUAUCGGGAACUGGCCAAGAACUGGAUCCCCACUGCCAGCAUGUGGGGUGCUGUGGGUGCCGUGGGGCUGGUGUGGGCCACAGACUGGCGUUUGAUCCUGGACUGGGUACCUUACAUCAACGGCAAGUUUAAGAAGGAUGAUUAGGAAAACCCUGUCACACUCAGGAUCUCCCUGGCUCACACCUGCUGUCAGAUCACC